AUGGUGAAGGGAGAGACAGCGCAGUCUGUCGGCUUAAAAAAAAAGAUCAACGAAGCAUCAGACUGUCACAGCAAGGAUAGAAUUAGCUCCCCAAAAAUACCGCAGAAACCACUCUUCACCAUCCCCUUCCGACGCGACCCCGACUUCGUCGACCGCGGCGACCUUCUCUCACAGAUUGACAAACGAUGCUCACAACCGGCUGGUCGCGCAGCGCUUGUUGGACUGGGAGGGGUGGGAAAAUCUCAGCUCGCGAUCGAACAUGCCUACCGCACCCGAGACCAAUCACCGCUAACAUGGGUGUUCUGGGUGCACACAGGGACACGAGCGCGGUUUGAAGAGGGCUACCGUAGAAUCGCUGAAGUAGUGAGGAUGGAUGGUUGGGAUAAUAAGAAAGCGGAUAUUCUACGGCUCGUCUAUAUCUGGCUUUCCGAUGAGUCAAACCGGUUAUGGAAAAUGAUUGUUGAUAACGCUGACGAUGUAGGAGUCUUCUCCUCACCACUCAAUACACUUCAGAUGUAUCCCUCCGCCCCACUGGAUCAACCAAUUGUGCCACUCUCAGAGCUCCUACCGCAGUCGCCGAAUAGAUCGACUCUUUUUAUCUCACGAAGCCGAGAUGCAGCCUUUCGACUGACUGGAAGCUAUGGGGACAUCGUGAAAGUGGAUCGAAUGGAUCAAGAGCAUGCUCUGGCUUUAGCAGCCGUUUAUAUUAAUCAGAGAGCACCGAGGGCGACAGUGGCUAAAUAUGUGCAGAAAUUCGGCCAAGGUGAUCGAGAUCGAGCAAAACUGCUAGAUUCGGACCUUGGCGACAUGCGUAGAGACGGCAAAGCGUUGAAUUCGAUCAUAGCCACCUGGCAGAUUUCAUUCGAGUACAUCCGCAGAGCGAGGCCUUCGGCAACGCGUCUGCUAUCGCUGAUGAGUCUAUUCGACCGGCAGGGAAUUCCUGAGCCUCUGCUGAGCGCCCACUACGGAGAAGCAGACGAUGACCAGUUAGAUUUUGAGGAUGAUUUGACCAUGCUGUUAAAUUUCUCUUUGGCUUCAACUAACUUAAGCAGAAGCCAGAUCGAGAUGCAUCGGCUGGUGCAGUUGUCAACGAAGAGAUGGUUAGAGUCAAACAAAGAGCUGGAAGUAUGGAAGGAGAAGUACGUAACGCUCAUGGAUGAAAGCUACCCGGUGGGACGGUACGAGAACUGGGUGGUGUGUCAAGCACUGUUUCCACAUGCUCAAGUUAUAGUAGACGCCAGACCAACUAAUGACAAGCUGGAGGCUUGGGCAUCAACACUUUUCAAGGCUGCAUGGUAUGCAAGUGAAAUAGGAAAUUACCAAGCAGCUUGGGAAAUGGGUGUCCGCGCCUUGGAAGCGAGGAAGGCCACUGUGGGAGCAGAGCACCCAGAUACAUUAAACAGUCUCAAUAAUAUUGGGCUCAUGUUGUUUUGGCAAGGCAAGUACAAAGAGGCUGAAGCAAUGCACCAGCGAGCACUGGAAGCAACAAAAAGGGUGCUUGGCGACGACCACCCUUCCGCGCCGACCAGCAUGGCCAACCUGGCGUCGACGUACAGGAAUCAAGGGUGA